AUGGUGGUCACCCGUCUGGAGCUCGAGCUGUGCUACCGGGGGAGGAAGCUGAGGGGUUUCACCUGUAAGCUGACCCGCUCGGCCCACGGCUUCAUUUCAGAGAGCUCGUGGUCCAUCGCUGCCCAGGUCCUGCUGCCUUACUUGGUGUCCGGCCUGGGCAUGGUGGCUGCAGGGAUAGUCAUGGACAUAGUGCAACACUGGGACGUAUUCAAGGAUAUCACGGAGGUAUUUAUCUUGGUGCCAGCCCUGGUGGGUCUGAAAGGGAAUUUGGAGAUGACGUUGGCAUCCAGACUGUCAACAGCAGCCAACACGGGGCAGAUGGAUGAGCCCCAGCAGCAGCGAAGGAUGGUGCGCUGUAACCUGGCUCUCAUUCAGGUGCAGGCUACCGUGGUGGGCUUCCUGGCUGCGGUUGCUGCUAUUGGGCUGGGGGCGAUGGUGAAGGGCAGAAUAGACUUUGUGCGGGCUUCUGUCCUCUGUGCCAGCAGUGUCACCACUGCUUUCAUUGCUGCAUUGUCUCUAGGGCUGGUGAUGGUGGCAAUAAUCACUGGGUCAAGGAAAGUGGGCAUCAACCCAGAUAAUGUGGCUACGCCUAUUGCUGCCAGCCUCGGGGACCUCAUCACCUUGUCUCUACUUGCUGGUGUCAGCAGUUUCCUAUACCAUUACAGAGAACAAUGGUACCUGCCCCUGGUGGUCUGUGUCCUCUUUCUGGUCCUCGUCCCAGUGUGGAUUAUCAUAGCCCGCUCAUUUCCACCAAUCAGUGAGGUGCUACGGUCCGGCUGGCAGCCCGUUAUUGUGGCCAUGUCCAUCAGCAGUAUUGGUGGUCUAAUUCUAGACAAGACAGUGAGUGAUCCAAACUUUGAAGGCAUGGCAGUAUUCACCCCGGUCAUCAAUGGUGUGGGAGGUAAUCUGGUGGCCAUCCAGGCCAGCAGAAUCUCGACCUACCUUCAUUGCUGGAGUGUUCCUGGAGCUCUACCAGUCGGGAUGGGCGUCAACUGCCCCAACCCCUGUGUCACAUUCUGCUCCUCAGGAGUGAACUCCAGAUCAGCCAGAGUCCUGCUCAGCCUUGUGGUACCGGGUCAUCUAAUCUUCCUUUACACAGUGCACCUCCUGCAGGGGGGGCACAUGACCAUGACACCUGCCUUCAUCAUCUGCUACCUGUGUGUAGCUCUGCUCCAGGUAGGGAUUUUGCUCUACGUGGCUAGAUUGAUGGUACAGUGGAUGUGGCAUAGAGGAAUGGACCCAGAUAACUUCUCGAUACCAUACCUCACCGCCUUGGGGGACCUGCUAGGAACUGGGUUUCUGGCUCUCAGCUUCAGAGUGAUUCUAACAAAUUCCUCAAAGGAUACGUCAUUGCCCCUCUCUAGGGCCUCUGGUUGCGGGUCUGGCCUGUGCCGCCGGACUAUCUUCGUGCCGUACCGUUUAUGAAAUGCCGUGUUAUAGCUCCGCGUGAACUUGUUGCGGUAUGCCGAAACCAGCC